UGUCACUGUGUGUGCAUGGGAGGGCCCCUGUGCGGUGGGGGCAGCGAGACCCUGGAUGGGCUUCCCCGCCGGUGUCACAGCCGGCAACGGGGCACCACGGCAUUCCUGGAACCCCUUCCCCGUGCUGCGGCCCCUUUAAGGGUGGCGGGGGCCGCCCGGGGGCGGGGCUUCUCGGGUGACGUCAUCGCGGCCCCUGAUAAAGGCGGCGGGAUUCCCGGGGCGGCAGCGGCGGCGCGCGCCGGCGGGGCCACGUGCGCGGGGCGCGGCGGAGCCCCGGCCCGGGAGCCUCCUCAUCCUCCCGCGCCCGCCAUGGAGUCCGCUGGCCUCUUCCCCCCUUUCGCCGCCGCCUCCCUCCCCGCGCGGCCCGCGCCCGCCCCGGCGCCGCCGCCCCGCGCGGCCGAGACCACCCGCAUCAUCACCGACCCGAUCUCCGGCCGCUCCUACUGCAAGGGCCGCCUGCUGGGAAAGGGUGGGUUUGCACGAUGCUAUGAAAUGACAGACCUCUCCAGCAACAAAACCUAUGCCGUGAAGGUCAUUCCUCACAGCCGGGUGGCCAAACCCCACCAGCGGGAGAAGAUCACCAAUGAGAUUGAGCUACAUCGGGACUUGCAUCAUAAGCACAUUGUCAAGUUCUCCCACUACUUUGAGGACUCAGAGAGCAUCUACAUCUUCCUGGAGCACUGCAGUAGGAAGUCCCUGGCCCACAUCUGGAAGGCCCGUCAUACUCUGCUGGAGCCCGAAGUGCGCUAUUACCUCAAACAGAUCAUCUCAGGCUUGAAAUACCUUCACCUCAAGGGCAUCCUGCACAGAGACCUCAAGCUUGGCAACUUCUUCAUCAAUGAAAACAUGGAGCUGAAGGUGGGGGACUUUGGGCUGGCUGCUUGCCAGGAUGUCUCUGACCAGAAGAAAAAGACAAUAUGUGGGACCCCCAACUACCUGGCCCCAGAAGUGCUGCUGAGACAGGGUCAUGGGCCAGAGUCGGAUGUGUGGUCUCUGGGUUGUGUCAUGUACACCCUGCUGUGUGGGAACCCUCCCUUUGAGACCUCUGACCUCAAGGAAACCUACAGGUGUAUCAAGCAGGUGGAAUACACCCUCCCAGUUUUCCUCUCCCUGCCUGCCAAGCACCUCAUUGCUGGUAUCCUCAGGCGUAACCCCCAGGACCGCUUCACCCUCGAGGAGAUUUUGGACCAUGAGUUCUUCAAGGGCUACACGCCUGAGAAGCUCCCUCCCAGCAGCUGUGUGAUGGCUCCAGAGCUGAGUCCCCCAAAUCCUGCAAAGACUCUGUUUGCUAAAGUCACCAAGACACUCUUCGGGAAGAAGAAAUCUAAGGCCAAGAAGGGCUCUUCAGAGGACAGGGAUGACAUCUCCAAGCUGGUUACUGGGCUGAUGAAGACCUCAAUCUGUCGGCAGAUGAGCUAUAAAACUGUGGAAGGGAAUGAGGCCACUCCUGUAUCAUGCCGCAGUGCCAGCUCCAGCCCUGUGGAGACGGUGGUGGAGGAGACGUCUCACAAGUCUGCGUCCCCCUCCAUCCGGGGAACGAUGGCCAGCAGCUGUGAAGCCUUUGAAGAUUGCAUCAGCGCCUCUGCUAUCAUCGAGUCAGCUGUCCGGCUCCUGCGGACCUGCCUCUCCUCCAUGCCUCCAGCGGAGAAAAACCCAGCUUCCCUGGCCCGCCACGAGCACUUUGUGUGGGUGAGCAAGUGGGUGGAUUAUUCCAACAAGUACGGCUUUGGCUACCAGCUCUCCAACCACAGCAUCGGAGUGCUCUUCAACAACGGCACGCACAUGACGCUUUCCCCCAACCACAGGACUGUACAUUACAACCCGACCAACAGCAAACACCUGGUGUUCUCUGUGGCCGCCAUCCCUGAGCAGCUGCAGGGACAGAUGAGUGUCUUGCGCUACUUUGCGUCCUACAUGGAGCAGCAUCUCAUGAAGGGAGGUGACCUGCCCAGCAUAGAUGACCUCGGGCAGCCAGCCCUGCUCCUCCUGCAGUGGGUGAAGACUGACCAAGCCUUGCUCAUGCUCUUCAGCAAUGGGACCCUCCAGGUGAAUUUCUACAAUGACCACACCAAGGUGAUCAUUAGCAAGCCUGACCACUCCUGCCUUGUCACCUACAUCAACCGGGAGCGCAACUCCUACACUUACAAGCUGUGCAGCAUCCAGGAGCUGGGCUGCUCUCCUGAGCUCCACCACCGCCUCAGAUACAUCCUCAAGCUUCUCCAAGAAUGGGCUGAGGCCUAGCCUGGGACCUUGGGGGACCCUGUCUGGACACAGAGGUUUCCCCCUGCCCUCCCAUGGGAUGGGAGGUAUGAUGUGGUGCUGGCUAGCCCCUGGGCACCCUGUAUCCUGGUGCUCAGCUGGAUUCUGGACUAAGACAUGUGGAUGUGGUUACAGCAGCAGGUCUGGAUAUCCUUGCUGCUCCCUGGCUCUGGGCAAUCGCUGUCUUCCCACUGGCAGCUCCUGCUCUAGUGGUGCUGGUCUUGAUGGAAUGGACUGGGGUGUUACAGGGUGGUGGUGGGUGAGUGUCCUGCAGCCAGGUUUGGGGCUGGCUGGGUCUUGUUUGGGGCUGGCAACUGCCUGUGAUGGGGGCUCAGGCUGCCCUGUCCUGGUUGAUGUAUCAGUUGCACAGACCCUCUGCAUGGCCUGGAGACAGCUGCCACAGCCUUGAUCUCAAACUUUGAGUGCUGUAGGGUAGGAAAAACCCCUUCCCCAGGGAUGAAGGGUCCUGCCUGCCCUGCCAGGGGCUCCGUGGGCUGAUGGGUGCCACUCCACAACUGCUACACUAAGGAGGGGGCUGCGCUGGGCCCAUCUGUGCCCUCUCUCUUCCCAAAUUGUGAAUUGUCUGGUACAACCUGAGGCUUGAUAAAGGAUGGGGGAUGGGACCUGAGGACUUGCCUGGAGAAGCCCUCAUUUUGUUGGGACCCAGGGUUGUUUCUUAUUUCAAGGCAGUCUCUGCCAUGUGGGACUAUUUAUGUAUCUUAUUUAUAUGGAAUUAUUUAUUUUCCUGUUGGUCUGUCCACGUGCAGUUCCCCUCUCCCUGACUCGCCUCAAUAAAAACUUAUUUGUGUAAGGGCAAA